GACGUUUUUGACAGUAGGGAUAAAUAUAAUCGUCUGUGUGUGCAUUCAGAUACACUCGUUCCCAAACACGCUGACAGAUUCAGAAAGAUAGAAGCACUCCAGUAUGUUCGAAAUAAGGACACAACUGAGCAGAGACUCGUCCGGUUCGACCCCCUGGGAGAGUCUGGGCAGCCCGACGCUGCUGAGGUCUCCCACCUCCGGGUUUCCUCUGCCGGACGGGCUUUACGAGGACGCCACCUUCCCGAAGCAGCACAUGCCGAUUCGGGAAGAGUUUGUUUGGAAACGACCACAGGAGAUCUGUAAGUCUCCUCAGUUUAUUACAGAUGGAGCCACACGUAUGGAUGUCUGCCAGGGAGAACUGAAUGACUGCUGGUUCUUGUCUGCGGUGGCGUCUCUCUCUCUCAACCCUUUUCUUCUGCAUCAGGUCGUUCCCCCAGGCCAAGGCUUUCAGGGGGGAUACAACGGCUGCUUUCGUUUUCGGUUUUGGCAGAAUGGUGUGUGGACUGAUGUGCAAAUUGAUGACCGCUUGCCGACAAAAAGAGAUAAAUUGGUCUAUAUGCGCUCCUCAAACAAGGAUGAAUUCUGGAGCGCCCUACUGGAGAAAGCUUAUGCCAAGCUGAAGGGUGGUUAUUCUGCACUGGACAUUUACCACCAUCAUGCGACGACAGAAAACACAACAGGGAUUACAGGGGGACUAAGGGUGCCGUCUGACCCUCGAAAACUGGGCUAUGAACUGCAGCCGCUGCUGCAGAAAGGAGCUCUAAUCAACUGUGCUAACACAACGGGUCCCUUCGGGAAGAAAAAUGAUUUUGGGAUAGUGUACUGGCAUGCCUACUCUGUGACUGGCUUGGAGACGAUCAAGACUAAGGGCAGUCCGGUUCAGCUGGUGCGGAUCAGGAACCCUUGGGGUAACACUGAGUGGAAUGGGCCUUGGAGUGAUGGAGGAAGCGAGUGGGAUAAUGUGAGCGCUGAAGAGCAGCAGCGUGUGGAAAGAAUCCAGCAAGAAGACGGGGAAUUCUGGAUGUCUCCGGAAGAUUUCUGCCAGAACUUUGACAUGGUAGAGGUUUGUCACCUGAGCGGAGAUGCGCUGAGUGAGAGCAAAGUCAAAAAGCCCUGGAAAUGUACUUUGCAUCACGGACACUGGAUUCCUCAGCGAGGGCUUCCUCAGUACAGUCUGACCCUGCUGGAGGAGGACGACCCCAGUGACCCUGAACAAAUGUGCUCAUUCCUGCUGGCGCUCAUGCAGAAACACACUCAUAAGACAGGGGUACUGUCCAACACCGAGCUGCGCAUAUACAAGGUCCGAUCCGAGUAUGAAUUCCUCUCCUCUCAAGACUUGGAACAGUUGAGGCCGGUGCGCCGCGACAUUAGUGAGCCGCGGCGGGAGCAUGUGUAUCGCGGUCGCCUGCCACUCGGUCAUUACAUCAUCAUUCCCUACAUAAAUACCAACAGGGAGGAAGAAUUCCUUCUGAGAGUCCUGACCGAGAAAGCAAACAAAACCAUAGCUGUCGUGACACCAACAGUAGAUGGAAACUCGAUUACACCGCCAAUGUCUCCACGUCUCGUAGGUCUGCCGUCUUUAAAUGAAGCGAGAGAGCUCUUUGUGAAACACUGUGGCAAGGAAUCUUAUUGUACCUCUCUGGAUCUGUAUAACAUGCUGACUGGAGCCAUUGCCAAAGGAGUCUUUGCAGGUAGCGAGAAGCAGCUGAAUUUGGAGCAAUGCAAGAGCUUCGUGGUGCUCAUGGAUAACCAAGUAAAGGGACGACUCGACUUGAUGGAGUUCCUGGCAUUGUGGGAACAACUCUGGGACUGGACGGGUAUUUUUCUGACAUUCGACAAAAACAAGAACCAGGUGCUGGAUUAUAAUGAAAUCCCACCCGCUCUGGAAGCAGCAGGCAUAUCGGUGGAUAGAUUCAUAAUGCAGCGGAUCGUCCUGCGCUACACAGAGCCAAAUAGUACCGUCACCUUCCCAGGAUUCCUCUUCCUGCUCACCAAACUGAACUGCAUGAUACGUGAGUUUCAGGAAUUAGAUGGGACUGGGAAGGGAGUGAUUUCAGUGAACCUCAGAGAGUUCCUGAAAAUUACCAUGUACAACUGAUUCCAGACCAGCUGCAGGGAAACAGCUCUUUAUUUGCUUUAACUGUUCUGUAUAAACAGAUCGUUCCUGGAGUGGAAGCUGAUUGGUCAAUACAGCAUUACAUUUAAGCUACAAUACUAUAAAUUCUGUAUUAAUAGAUAUGACGCAAAACACAGCUACUUUAUAUGUAUAACUGCACAGCACCUGUAGAGAUCAACUAUUAAUCUCAGUGUUUUACUGCUUUUACUGCUUCUAGUGAACAGAUGUCAACUAAUGAAUUUGCUUAAUAAAAAUAAGAUUUUUAAAGAAAA